ACUAGUUAUUACAUCACAAACUAUAAAAGCUUAGAAUACUAUCUUGUGAUUAGCCAGUAACUCUUUGAUCACGGACUAGAACUCCAUCGUGCCAAAAAUUCAACAUGAAAGCAAUCAUUAUCGUGCUUGCCAUUUCUUUUGUUGCUGUUUUGGGUCAACUCACAGAUGAACAAAAAGCAAAAUUGAGAACGUACAAGGAAUCCUGUAUCAAUGAAUCUGGUGUCGAUACUACCAUACUUGAAAAUGCAAAAAAAGGAGAGGUAGCUGAAAGUGACGAAAAGCUUGCUUGUUUCAGUACCUGUUUGUUAAAGAAAAUCGGAAUUAUGAAUGCGGAUGAAGACAUUAACUGGGAAGUAGCUCGUGCUAAAUUGCCACCAGGCGUACCGCAAGAACAGGCCGAUCAAAUAUAUAAUGCCUGCAAAGACAUUACUGGAACAGGUUGUGAAAAAGGAGGCAAAGUGUUCAAAUGCUUCUUGGACAACAAACAUUUUCAUCUUUUAUCAUAAGAGAAUGAACUCCAAAAACCAAACUUUGCAUAAAAACCUAAUCAGAUCUAAUAGUUAGAUCAAUCAUCUACUAGAUGACACUUAACAACUUAAAAUAUUAUAUUGCACAUUUAUACACUAAUAUAAAGAUGUGUUAAUGAAAAAAAUAAAUAUACAUGUUGCUUUAGCAUAAAACAA